AUGGCUAACUCGCCAGCCCCGCCGCCGCCGCCAGGCUCCUUCGAGCGGCGCGCUGCUUCUCCUCGCCCGCCUGCGUCAACGUCGCCACCGCCCCCUCCACCAACAGCACCUGCUCAACCAUUCGGCUGGCGUCCAAGUCCCAACUACCGGGGCAAAAACUCUAGGCCGCCGCAGUUCCGCACGGCGCCCGCUCCUGCUCCGCCCCCGGCUCCACCAACUGCACCACCACUGCCCCCGGCUUCAUCGCCAUCCGGAUGGCGCCCAUCUCCCGAUCCAUGGACGGGGCUAGUCCAGGCGUGGCCUAUGCCCUGGUCCGCCCCUACGCCAUAUGAUGCCCCGCCUGCCUAUACCGGUGGCUGGCAGCCCGGUGCUCGCCCUCACACAGGCGCGCCCGUCCUCGCGCCCCGACAGCCGACGGCUGCGUACCACGCUGCUCCCUCCUACGCGCCACCGAUCUACAGCACCAGUCCUUAUGCAUCCUAUGGCGCUCCAUCGUCCCCCUACAUGCAGCAGUACAAUGAUGGUGUCUCUCUCUUUACGCCGAUGUCGGCCCUCCUGCCGACGUGA